GGAGAGAGACAGAGCUAGUCGUCGUCUCUCUGAGUCUCUGACAGCUCGCUCCCUCCCUCUAUCCUGUCUCGCGGUCGCUCGCGCUGUUCUCUAUUGUUGACAGUAGUCCUUCUCGCGCCGUAGCCGCGGCAGCAGUGCCUCCGCUCCGCGCGUAUUGUAGUUCCUACACGAUAUAUAAUAUACACACAAAAUAGAGUUCUCGCGUACGUAUAUCCGUCAGUAUAUAAUAUAGACUGCAGCUACGGUUCCGUGCGUACGCGCAAUAAAAGCCGACGUCGCGCUGCGGCUCUUCUCUCGCGUACGACAACGGAGUUUGUGCAUGCAUAGGUAUAUCGAGUCCAGGUAGUAGUUUUACACGGAUACUAGGUAUAUAAGAGAGUAUCAGAGUGCGCGAAGGGAGCAGAGUAUAUAUCGAGGAGAGGGAGAGGAGCAGUCGCGCGAUGCGCUCCAUAUUGAUCCCGCGCCGCCGCCGCAGCCGCGGCUGCUUCUUCUUGCUCCGGUCGCCGCUCGCAGGAGGAGCGGCGCCCCGUUGAACCUGCAGCUGACACCAGUCGGUGCCGAGGAGAUCAGCCAGCCUGCUGACGAUCGAUUUUACUCGCACGACACGACACACUGAGAGAUAGAGAGAAACUCGUGUCGCAUCUCCUGCCAAUCAAAGCAGCAGAAACUCCCGCAGCGACCCACGCGAAGCCCGGCGAAAAAAGCGCAGCGGUGUACUAACGAGGACCGGCAAAAAAGCUCAGCAGCAGCAGUAGCACUGGUGGCGGCGGCAUUUCGGCGUAUAAUAGUAGGGAAGGACUCUCGCAGCGGGUCUCGGCAUGAGGAUUGCCGGGGCGGGGGAGGCCUCGCGCGCUGAACCGGCCUGCCUUUCUGGCGGGCAGGAGGUAUGGAAGCAGCCGGAGCAGCUCCUACCGGACACCAUCAUCAGCAGCUCGCUACCAAUACUCAGCGGGGGCUGCCGCCCGGUUUGCCCGGGCUCGACGUCGUGAGAGCUCUGCACCAGACGGUGAUAUCGCUGCGGACGGCGUUGGACUCGUCGCGCGAGGAGCUGCGCCGACUGAAGGAGGCAGCGCCGCCGGAUUUUUCCAGCGACAAUUACAACGAGGCCGUCGAGCGGCUGGCCCUUGAGAAUCACGUGCUGCGCAAGCGGUUGCUCGACAGACACGGCGAGUUUUCCAGCGAUGCCGCGACCAGCCCACCACCACAGCAGCAGCCCCCUAAGAGCGCCAAGAGCGUCAGUUUCGACGAGACAGUAACCGCCGGACAACAGCCGCCGGAGGAACCAUCAGCCAAAAUGGAAGCCGAGACGACGGAACCCUCGUCGACCGGAGGCGAGGAUAAUCCUUCAGCGGAGAACUCCAAACAACCAGCUGCCGAGCAACCAGCUCCAGCAGCAAGCGACGAAGUCGACGGCAGCGGUAAAAAGGAGGCCGAGGACGAAGCCGUGGACGCAGCUGACCAGCAGGAAAAAUCCGCGAGCGAAAACUCCCUUACCGCCGGUGACGCCGAAGAGAACAACGAGGACGAGGAACAGCCGCAAAACAAGCUCAGCAGCCAAGGCGUGUCCGCCGAGUCGGAGAACGAGUCCGAGGAGCUCGAUGAUAUCGAGCUUAUAUUCACCACUGAGGAGACCUGCAGAGAUGUCGGACUGCAGGAGGAUCUCGUGUCGAUCACUGACGCGGACAACUGGCAGCAGCAACAAGCGCGGACGCCCACGCCGAACGAACAGCACAAAUCGGUGCUGAAGAUUGGCCAGUCCAAAUCAGCAGACGGCGGCGAUACGAUGCUCGUGUGUAACGGUGGCAACGGCGGCAACAGCAUCAACGACAAGGCGGGCUCGGUCGACGAGGCGGUCUCGUCGCAGAGCAGCAGCAUCGACCGCGAAGAGAGCGUCGACAGGUUCGACGAAAGCUCUAGCAGUCGACUCAAUCACAAGUGGUCGCAGAUCUCGGUUCUCGUAGAGACGGACAUUAGCAAAUGCGGCAUGCUCGAAGAGGUUGAUCUCGGACUGAGACACGCCGCCAGAAGAAAUACACUCGCGGCACCUCCUGCAGCUUACAGCAAGCACAAUCACGCGGUCCACAGGCCGAUAAUCCACCGCGAGGCGUUGGCGGCUGGCCGCCGCAAAUCCUCCGCACCACUGCGUCCAGUGAUGGAUCGCGGUAGCCCGGGUAGUUCCGGUCCCACUGGUGAUCGUCGUGAGUCAGGAGCUCAAACUGAUAUAUCGGCGCUGCCGGCGCAGUGGCGCUCCGAGAGCUACCUUGCGCAUAAAGUCGCCCACACCUUCACCACGCUGCCCAGCAAGUUCGCUCUGCCAGCCGGUGUUCCGGGAAGGCUGAGAUUAUCCGACAAGACGCGGGAGGCCAGGCGGGUCAUGCUGUCGGAUAUCAGCUUCACGAGUAUGGUGCCGGAACUGUCGAGGAGCGCCGAUCAUCUCUGCCACGAGCCGCAUAAUCAGUUUCCGCAGCCGCAUUGUUACGGUUCACGCAGCGGCGCCACCGGUGUGGCAGGACCCACCUGCGCAGGCCUGCGCACCCCAGAAAGCAACCGUCGCGAAUCUUGGGCCCGAGGUGGUCCUGGACUCCCGAGUCCCUGCGACUGUCGCCUCUCCACGGAUCUCUACUCUGCACGCUACCGAGGCAGUUUGAGUUCGAUCCCAUCGCCAGGCGGCGACUUCGGCCCAUCGCGUCGUCACUCCUGGCGGCCCAACGCUGCUGCCUCGUUCGACGGCUGGCGGACACCGGCCGUCAUUCCUGGCGGCACUGCAGGUCAUGGAAUGCUUGGCGCAGGAGGUGGAGGUGGUGGAAGUAUGGGGAGCAGUGUCGGGGGUCAAUUAACAAGGUCUACCUGGUCAUCGAUGCCCUCGUCGCCGACUCACGUGCAGCCACCGUCAGCAGCGCUGGUCGCCAGGCUCGCCAGUAGUCCGCCUAGAAGGACCAGGUCCAAGGUCACUUUUCAAGAAUGUCCGAUGAUCCGGGGCAGCCUGCCCAAUCUUCGCUCGGAGCUCCUGGCCGACAACAGCGGUGACUCGACCGAGUCUCUGCUCGACGAGGCCGAGGAUUACCUGAGGCGCAGCAUCGACUCGAUGCUGACCCUCUCGACGGCUGCAGCGGCGGCCGCCGUCGCCGCCGGGGAACACUGCAGUGGUCGACACUCGGCGCGCAGAAGACGCGCGCGCAGGCACUCGGAGCCCGACCUCUUCCGAGAAUGGAAUCCGCCACAGGACGCCAGACCUUACUUGCCAAAGAUACCACGAGAUCUCAAAUUGGAUCAUCUGGUGAAGGUGAUCUCUCCGGAGGGAAGGAUCCUCCAGGGUCGCGUGCGUUACGUCGGACCCGUCGCCGGUCGCGAGGAAGUCCACGUGGGCGUUGAACUGCCGAACGAGAGCGGCUCCUCCGACGGUACCUUCCACGGCAGGCGCUAUUUUGAUUGGCGGGAAUGUUUGUUGUAUGUUCGCAGCGAGCCGGAGCGCGCAGUUUUCGUGCCGUUCAAGAAGGUCGUGCUUGCCUGGUGUACCACUUGACCCGAGGCCAGCCUCACCACCAGUAGCAGCAGCAACGAUCCUCCGCCGACUCCCGCCACGCCCGGGACCGACACUCCGGCCACGUCCACGCCUCGCAUCCUCCUUUCCCAGUACACCAUGUGAACUGGACGGAUGGAUAUUACGACGAUGGAGAAGCAUAUAUGCUACAGAGGUAUUGGAUGAUGAUGAUUUUUCUUCCGCGAAUUUUUGUACCUGGUCAAUUCGCGCACACGCUCGUGUAGGCUGUGCGUCGCAGAGGGACGAUCGGCGCCGAUAUUCAAUUUUUUUCAGCUUUGCUUGUCAAUAAUCGAACUCGAGCUGAGUAAUUAGGUGUACGCUUCGUUUGUGUGUAUAUUUGAAAUUAACUCACGCGCGCGCGACGCCCAAAGCUUGCAGCCAAGUCGCGCGAGUAAUCUUAUUAAAAGCUCUCUCGCGUCGACGCGCCGACUCGGUAUAUGCAAUCAGCGUCGAGAAUUAACGCCCCGGAUAUUAAUCGAGCGUAGCUUGACAAGAAAAACUGUACGCGCGGAAAAUUUGAAUCAACGUACCUUGAACCGUUUAGCCAUAUGUACAGGCACACAGAGCAUUCAGCGGCGAUCGUCCCUGGUUUAUCGCACCUUUAGCGAGGGAAAGCUAUCUUGUGAAUUUUUUAACGUUUUUCCGUAUCCCAAUGCUAUAGCUAUAUACUAUGUAUAAUGUUUCUCGAUGCAAACAAGCAACGGUGCGCAGACGAAAAUAAUGUCUAUUUUGAAUAUAUAAAAAAACGGAUGGGAAUUUCUGCAGACUACUCGACUUUUUCAGGUACAUCGUACGUUGUAGUUUUCCGUGUAAUACGAUAGCCGAAGUACUUAAGAACUUUCGAAUCUAUACUCCAUGCCCUGCGCGUAAGGAAGAAAUUAUAGUCUGUCGCGACUUCUUAAAACAAAAUAUCUCGAGCCAAUAACUUUCCCAGGGACUUUUCGGUUAUCCGAGCGGGUAACGAACUGUAGUACACCGAGAUCUCGCCGACUCGGUUAAAUAAUCAAAACGAGAAGAAACUCGCCACGUGCGAAAAGCCACACACACAAACUGUAGCGGAAUAUGUAAUAAAGCGCUGAGAGAAUGUAAGAGAGGCUACUUACGUAUAUACGCGCCGCGACUCGAUCAAUACUCACAGAUUGAACACCUUCUGUGUGCGAACCGUCCGCGCGCGCGAGAUUUUCCUCCGAGUGUACAUCACACGUGUGCUUUAGCGCGCGCCGGUUGCUCUGCAUUUUAGUAUAUCUCACGUACUCGUAUACACACCGGUGUUCGUCUAUUUUGUUGAAUGGAGAGCUGGAUAUAUAUACUAUAAAUAUGAUGAUUAUAUAUACUUACUCGUGUGCGAGUUUUCUAUAUAGAAGCAUGAGGGGCAGGCGUGUGUAACGAAGAGGCUGUAAAAAAA